UCUGAUUCAUGAAUCCAUUCUCUUUCUGGGUACCCAAUAAAUUUAACAAGUAUAUCAUAUGUUCCAUCAUCUCUUUUCUUUUUCCGGAUAACUUUCUCUAUGCGGUACUCUGUUGCCGCAUCUUUUCUUACUCUAGACAAUUCAUCUUCAUAAAAGGAACCUUUGAAUUUUUCCCCUUUAUCGUCACGCAAUUUAUAUAAUAUAGGAUUUACAUGAUUUUUAACCUUUUCCACCUCUAAUAUUUCAUCUCC